ACAAAGGAAAUAGAGAAGAAUAAGCAAAAUCGGCAAAAUGUUGCUCUUUCAAAAAUUGCCAAAUUAAUAUAUUUAUGCUUUUGUCCCAUCCCACCAUUGGAACAUGUGAUGAGAGAACUGAAGCAUGAACUUCAAUCCUUAAAAGCAAUUUGUUCAUCAGAAAAUCAGCUAAACGUUCAACUUCAAGUUCAAAGAAAUCACUUCUCACAAAAGCUGAAAACUUGUUCAGUCUGACAUUUUGCGAAAUCCUCCCAAACUUGGUGGUGAGACCCCAGUUUUGAGGAUGGUCAUUUUUGCCCUUUUGUGGGGAAUUCUGUUGGUUCAAAUUUCAAGAGCUCAAGACGAAAAUUCCGGCGAAAGUGAGCCGAUCAGUUUUGACAACUUCUGCACCCACUUCGAUGAACUUCGCUCCACAGGUUCUAUGACUAACGUCCUGAGAGAUCUCGAGAGCAUUCGUGAGCAGCUUCUAGCAAACGGUGUUGUACCUGAAAGUGGAGCCGUCGAUGCCGUUGAGGAAGUAUGCCGUGAUCCCUCAAAGUUUUUUGACACAGAAUGCUUGUACAGAAACCGCUACCUGAUGACCAUACCAAAUUCUGAUUUCUUACGCCUUCACGAUGCCACAUUACGAGGAUUUUAUGUAGAUCUUUUCCUGUUACACCCUGUGUUUCGAAGCUGUCUGCCCACUCUGAACAAAGACGUGAAAAGCAACGAUGUAAAAGGAAGGCUGGCGAAAGGAUUAGCAGGGGACAGGCCACAAGAUUUUGCUGCCCUUUUUGAUAAGAGAAAGGGAAGAUUCCUCAGGAAAGAGAUAAAAAAUUCGUGUGAAGAAAAAGACGGCGACGAAAUAUUCUGUGCAUCUUUACCUGACAUUGUUAAACUGGUUGAUACCUUCGAAAGAGUUCGGAGGGAGAGCAGAACAGGUGUCAAGUGGAAUGCCUUUCGCUUGCACUUUGUGAUGUUAAAGCAUAACAACCCAGACGAAUUCCAGCAAGUAUACCCCACAACGACUGAAGAGCUCAAUAACCUCCUUGUGAAGAACUUAGAACAAAUCUUUAAAUACGUUGGCAAGGGCCAGUUUGCUGAAUUCUCAGAAAUGAUGUCUUUUGUACCAGAUUUAGAGACCAUUAAAUCGGGUUGCGAAACGUCAUGGAACCUUCCAAGCAACACAAAAAAGAAUGCCUGCAUGUUCUGGAAAGCCAUCAUUCAGGUAAGCGCUUAUAUUCAAUCAACAAAACCUCCAGCGAGCGGGCAGGUCAAGAAGAUACUGAAUACCAGGAUUGAUUAUCCCACCUUUUUACGUCUUACGGAAAUGGAUAGAAUUCUAGAAGUUGUCCAAAAUCAAGAGACUGCGAUCACCGAACUUGUCGAAUGGCUGAACAGGGAGCUGACCAAGACAGUCAACGAGAGAUUCAAAGGUCUCCGUACUUAUUUCGAAAAGGUGGAAUCUUUCAACAGAGAGAAAGCUGGUGCUGACAUUGGCUAUAUAAACGGCCGGUUGUCCAAGUACACCAACAAUAUCAACUCACUGAGUACUACGCUUGGAGGCAAACUCAAUAAAAUUAUAGAACUCGCUAUUGCAGCAGUUUCUUUGGAAAUCGCCGAGGACACCAUCCAGGUAGGAUUGGCAGCCGCUGUUCUAAUGAACCCACUUGAAAAGCUAUUUGGUGGCUCGAGUGCUGGAGAUUUCAUAGAUCGUUCAGCGAAAUUGGCGUCAACACUGACUAGAGUAGGAGAACUGGUCCGGAUGUCGAAAACGUUUGGUGAACUCAAGGACAAGACAAUAAGCAUUUCAAGCAGGUUUAAAGAGAACAGCGAGUUUCUGGAAAAUAUACGAGUCUUGAUUACCAGUGAAGGACAAGAUAAGUCGACGACCGAUUUUGAAACUCGGAAACAAAAAUUUCUUACUGAUUACGGAUGUUAUGAUCCCAAAGUUGAGAAACCAGAGUUGACUGGUAUGACAACAACAUGGGAAAAUUUAAUUGAUGCCGCUUGUGAUGUGAUAACCGAUCAAUCAACGGCCUUGGCUCAGACAACUGUGGCAUGGGUGCGGUCCUCUGGCUUAUGCUCAAAAACAAAAGUUCUUGCACAAGAAAUGAUUGCGACAUAUGAAGAGAUAUAUGACUUUCAGUUUGAACUGGUUGAAGCCAUGGCGACGUACAUGAGAGCGGAGACGUCUCUAGAUGCUGCAGCCAGCAUAACGGCUGGUUAUGAAGAGAGUUCCGCCCAGGGAGAGCAAGAUGAAAGCGUUGUGCACGACCUAAAAGUCCUGACUAUGGUCUCAUUUAUCUCUUACAAAACCAAUAUCUGGCAAAUCACCGAAGCAUAUUGUGACGUCUUGGAGUACAAGGAAGGUGGAGUGCGACCCAGUGUGUGCCAAGGCGUAAACACUAACAUUGCAAACCUUGUUGCCCAUGUCAGUCCAUUAUGCAGGAAUGUAGAGGAAUACCAAGAUGUCCCAACCACAUCAGAAAGCGACCAGGCUUUUAUGGAUAUCGCUGAUCUUUAUUCUGGCAAACGUGUUAUAUUCAAGAUACCCAACAGUCAAUGGCUGGUUGAUAAGGGAUGGAUUAGCCAACAGGAUAAAGAAGCGGCUAUCUUCGUGAAGAAAUUUGAGGUAUAUGUACCAACUGUUAGCGUCACUGAACGCAGGGUUCGAGUUCAAGCUGCAAUCACAGGGAUGAACCAGCUCACACUGCCAGAUGGAAAAAGCUACGCUAUCGUCCCAGAGAGGAACUUCAUUUUUGAAUACCUUGAAGGCCAUGGUGCCCAACCUUGCAGAAAAGAAAGCGAGGCAUUGAGCAAUCCCUACGGAGCAGAUAAACCUAAGAUCUGCCCCUUGAAUGUGGAUGAAAACAACUGUCAGGAACUUCUGGAGAAGACACCUUUGUUCCCAUCGGUCUACUCACAUUGGAAAGUUUCUUUACUUGGUUACGAAGCAGCAACCGUCCCAGACCCUGCAACUGUCUUGAACCUGAAAGUUGGAAUGAGGCUCUGCAUCUUGGACCGCGGCUCGAUGCGGGCCAAGAAGACAAAGGUCAAAAAGUUUAAGAACAGGGCUAAAAAGAAGCACCGAGAUAGGACCAGCUGUCCUGAGGGUCAAUACUGGGCAGCAGGGUCUGGUGCCUGCACCACUUGCCCUGAAGGAUCCAAAUCCGUUCUCGAUGGCUACUAUUGUGAGAAGAUUCGAAAGAAGAACUAA